ACUCCCAUGGCGGAGCAUUCGCUCUCUCUCGCUCCGAUCCAUUUCCAGGCACCAAAGAUGUCUUUCAGAACCCUCCAUUGUCCUUCUUCAAUCGCUGCUCGAAUCCAUAUCCCUAGAGUUCUCGGACCAUUCCCUCGCCGUUCCUUUCCCUUCUCCCGCCAUUCUUUCUCCACCACCACCACCUCCCCUUUAUCCGUCGAUGUAUCGCCGCGGGUUCGCCGUCGGUUCGCGGUUCCUCGCGAUAAUCAGGAGCGGGAAGGCAGUAAUGAGAUUGACAAUGAAGUGCAGGAAAAUGAGCAGUUAUUGGGGAUUGGAAGAGAAGAAUUGGGGAUCCAAGGGUUGUUGAGUCAGAUGAAGGAGAUUGUAACUUUUACUGGUCCGGCUAUUGGAUUGUGGAUCUGUGGACCGUUGAUGAGUCUCAUUGACACUGCGGUUAUUGGCCAGGGGAGCGCUGUUGAGCUUGCUGCUUUGGGCCCAGCGACAGUUUUAUGUGAUUAUACGAGCUUUGUGUUCAUGUUUCUUAGUAUUGCAACUUCAAAUAUGGUAGCCACGGCCCUUGCCAAACAGGAUAAAAACGAAGUGCAGCAUCACAUAUCUACAUUGCUAUUUGUUGGGUUGGUAUCUGGUUUUUUGAUGCUCUUAGCUACCAAACUAUUGGGUUCAGUGGCGCUAACUGCUUUUGUGGGGACAAAGAAUGCAAACAUCAUACCUGCUGCAAACACGUAUAUGCAGAUUCGUGGUUUGGCAUGGCCCGCAGUUCUCACUGGAUGGGUUGCGCAGAGUGCAAGUCUUGGCAUGAAAGAUUCCUGGGGACCGUUGAAGGCUUUGGCAGUUGCGAGUAUUGUAAAUGGCAUAGGUGAUAUUGUUCUAUGCAUGUUUUUAGGAUAUGGUAUAGCUGGUGCUGCAUGGGCAACUAUGGCAUCACAGGUUAUUGCAGCUUAUAUGAUGAUAGAAUCACUGAACAAGAAAGGAUACAGUGGAUAUUCUCUGUCUAUUCCCUCACCUGCUGAAUUCUUGUCAAUACUUGCACUUGCUGCUCCUGUAUUUAUGACAAUAUUGUCAAAGGUGGGCUUUUAUUCUCUCCUCAUCUAUUAUGCUACGUCUAUGGGCACACACACCAUGGCUGCUCAUCAGGUCAUGAAUCAAAUAUUCUACAUGUGUAGCAUAUUGGGUGAACCUCUUUCUCAAACUGCUCAGGCAUUCAUGCCUGGGUUGAUAACUGGAGUGAAUCGUAGUUUUGAUAAGGCUCGGAUGCUGCUCAAGUCACUCUUGAUCAUAGGAGCUAUCUUUGGUUUGGUCUUAGGGACUAUUGGAACAUCAGUUCCUUGGUUGUUCCCUAAUCUCUUUACGCCCGAUAAGAAGAUUAUUCAAGAGAUGCAUAAAGUGUUGAUUCCAUAUUUCUUGGCGCUAGUCAUAAUGCCCGCAACCCUUAGCUUAGAAGGGUCAUUAUUGGCUGGACGAGACCUAAAAUUCAUUAGUUUGUCAAUGUGUGGAUGCUUUUCUCUUGGUGCCAUUCUAUUGCUGUUUAUAAGCAGUUGGGGCUAUGGUUUGGGGGGCUGCUGGUUCGCCCUCGUCGGAUUUCAAUGGGCUCGGUUUCUUAACGCUCUUCGGCGUGUCCUCUCUCCCAAUGGAGUGCUUUACUCCAGUGGUUUAAGCCACCAUGAAGUGGUCAAGCAAAAGGCUUCAUAGGACAUAGUCCAUGUGGGCUUGCAGCUGACAUAAUUCAAUACUUUUUUUAUAUCCUUGUCGUCAUUCAAGUUUGAUAGAGGAGUGGAUCGAAACCGAAAGGUCGUGCUGGCAGCUUUAAACGGUGUUUACGGGAAGAAACAUACGAUUUGGAUAGGGUAAUGCACUUAACCUUCGUAUGAGAACAAAACAAAAAAAAAAAUUAUAUAUUUUUUUGUUAUGAUAUCGUUGAGCUAUGUUUACUUUGGUUGGUACUAAGCUUGUGUUGUAAGCUAUUUUCGUAAUAUAACAUUAGAAUGAUUCAAAAUUUUCACU